ACCGCCAAUCUGGAUCCAUCCAUCUUCCUAGUUCCCUGAUUACUAAAUAAUUUUAUGUAAGUUCUUAGUUUUCUUUGCAUUAUUCCUUCGUUGAAUCGGAAAACAGAAUCCAGUUUUCUGAAAUAUUUGUAUAAUCAGUCCAUGAAAUUAUACGCAGCAGUCCUUUUCUGAAAAUUUUGGUUGUUUUUUAAGCUGGAUUUCUACUUCUCUUUAAUUCCUUAGCGAAGCAUUUACAAAAACCUUCACAGUAUGUUAUUUUAAGCUUUCUUUUUCUUCAAAUCUCCAUAAAAAAACAAAAAAAAAAUUGUAUUUUUGUUUGAAUAUCAGUUAUGGUUUCAGAAGAUUUGUAAAGUCUAAUUAGUUUGGUGCUAGUGUUACUGAUCCUGGCGAAAAUCAAAACAGCAGUGUAGAAACACUUUUAUAAAAAUCGCCAAAUCAUGUAAUUGUACUCCUUUUGAUCUUUCCUAGCUAUCUUUUUUAAUCCAAAAAAAAAAAAAAAAGAAUUAAAAAAAAGAAAAAAAAGAAAAUAUUUGGAAAAGGACAAUGGCGGAGUCUGCCCCUGGAACGCCAGCGGCAUCGGCACCGGUGACGCCAGGUACGCCGGGUGGACCACUGUUCUCGGCACAUCGCAUCGACUCUAUGUCGUAUGAUCGCAAGUCAAUGCCACGAUGCAAGUGCCUCCCGGUUACUGCGCCGACUUGGGGUGAGCCACACUCCUGCUUCACCGAUUUUCCUGCGCCUGACGUUUCCCUUACCCGCAAGCUCGGGGCAGAGUUCGUCGGAACCUUUAUCCUGAUCUUUGCGGCAGCGGCGGGGCCAAUCGUGAACCAAAAGUACAGUGGAGCGGAGUCGCUAAUCGGAAACGCCGCUUGUGCCGGACUGGCGGUGAUGAUCAUAAUAUUGUCUACCGGGCACAUCUCCGGGGCUCACCUAAAUCCUUCCCUGACUAUCGCUUUUGCGGCGCUCCGUCACUUUCCCUGGAAACAGGUCCCGGCAUACAUAGCAGCUCAGGUGUCAGGUUCCAUUUGUGCUUCCUUUGUGCUCAAGGGAGUUUUCCAUCCCUUCUUGUCCGGUGGCGUCACCGUUCCUUCCGUCAAUUAUGGCCAGGCUUUUGCACUUGAGUUUCUUAUCACUUUUAAUCUCCUGUUUGUUGUGACCGCCGUUGCUACUGAUACUCGUGCGGUGGGGGAGCUGGCUGGUAUAGCAGUUGGAGCUACUGUUAUGCUUAACAUUCUUGUGGCCGGUCCAUCGAGUGGUGGUUCAAUGAAUCCAGUUCGAACUUUGGGACCGGCAGUUGCAGCAGGAAACUACAAGGCAAUAUGGAUCUACCUCCUGGCACCCACGCUUGGAGCUUUAGCCGGUGCUGGUACCUACACGUUGGUGAAGCUUCGGGAGGAAGAGGUGGAAGAGCCACGGCAGGUCAGGAGCUUCCGUCGUUGACAUCAGGGUUAGCGCUUGAUGCUGUCAGUUUCCAAAGCAGCAGACCAUCAUUAUAUGCGAGAAAAUUAAUAUUCUCUCCAUGCAUGAUACAUCUAUCUUCGAAGACAAGACAAAUAUUGAUAUGUUUGACCUUGUAGGGUUGUGAUAUGAUCGUUUUCAGAAAUGAAAGUGUUAGUUUGUGACUAAAAAUAAAAAGGAGGCUGUGGAUUAGGAUGUGACAGUAAGUCCACGGCCUACAGUUUGGAGUGAAUAAUGUCAAGGCUUUGUGGGGUGAGUGUGUCAUCUCAUUGGGUCAUAAUGUGUGUUGAGAUGUGCGUGUUUUGUUUUGGCUUGUUGUGUGGCUUGCCUUUGAUGCUUUCCGUUUUAGGUGUGCUUUCUGUUUGGGGUCAAUCAGAUGUGCUUUACACAUCCGAUUUGUGCUGUAAAAUAAAAGUUGGGUACGUAU